GCGGCGGAGUGCGGACACACAGGGAGUUCGGGGCAGGAUGGGGGUCGGGGAAGCGGACACGGCGGAGAAGGGGGACAGGUCCCUGUGCGGGGACAAGAGGUUCCCUGUGCCGCAACCGCCUUCCAUAGAGGAUUUUAACAUAGUGAAGCCCAUCAGCCGGGGCGCCUUUGGGAAGGUGUAUCUGGGCCGCAGGAAGAACAACAACAGGCUGUUCGCUGUCAAGGUGGUGAAGAAGGCAGACAUGAUUAAUAAGAAUAUGGUUCAUCAGAUCCAAGCGGAAAGGGACGCUCUCGCUCUGAGCAAAAGUCCUUUUAUUGUCCAUUUGUACUACUCUCUUCAGUCGGCCAACAACAUCUAUCUGGUCAUGGAAUAUCUGAUCGGUGGAGAUGUGAAGUCCCUUCUGCACAUCUAUGGUUACUUUGAUGAGGACAUGGCCAUGAAAUACAUCUCCGAGGUGGCCCUGGCUCUAGAUUACCUGCACAGGCAUGGAAUAAUCCACAGGGAUCUGAAACCCGAUAAUAUGCUCAUUUCCAACAAAGGUCACAUUAAACUAACAGACUUCGGCCUCUCCAAAGUCUCUCUGAAGCGAGAGAUCAACAUGUUUGAUAUUUUAACAACACCUUCAAUGGCGAAACCCAAGGAAGACUAUUUCCGCACCCCGGGACAAGUUCUCUCUCUUAUUAGUUCCUUGGGAUUUAACUCUCCAGUUCAAAGUAAGAUGCAGACGUCCAUUUCCUCAAUGACCCCAGUAUUUCAUGAAAUCUCACGGACAAAUUCCACACCAAUUAUAAUGAAUAGUAAGGAAAAUUCAGCUAAAGCCAGCAAGCUUCUUCUGUCACAUCCCGAAAUCAGUAUGUCCAGCCUUAAUAUGCCGGUUAAGUGCCUCACUCCAAACCUCCUGAAGUUUAAAACACGGCUGGGCACCACCAGUACCAGCAGCCAGUCCCAUAUGGGUUUGUCCAGCAUUGAGUCUGAUUACUGCAGCAGUCCAAAAUGGGAAAAUCCCAACCAGGAUCCAUGUAGGCCACCAUACUCAAGUUCCAGCCGUUCGAAGAACAGUAUGUCAGAGAAAUCAUUGAGUAAGAUCCACGUGGGGAAAGUUCCCAAGAGCAUUAAAGAUUUGGCAUACGUUAUUUCCCCCAUCGUUCGUCGCAGAACGUACAAGAAAUCUGACAAUCCAGAUGACACCAGUGAACUUGAAGAAACUCCUAACGGUGGUAUACAUGCCAGGGGUCUUAUCCGAAAAUGCCUUUAUGAUCUUGGCACACAAGACGAAAAGGAGAACUUAAGUGCAAAUGAGCAAGGACUCCGCCAUUUGCCAAGAUCUCCAGAAUUUCCUCCAUGGCUUGCUAGUUCCUCACUGGAUCCUUUGAAGGACAUUGAAGACAAAAAUGUGGAAAGACCUGCAAACAAAAGAAGUUUUUCACAGGUUGAGACAAGCCCUGGGCAAGACGGAAUAGAAAAGAAAAAUAAUUCCCAGUAUAAACGAGCAUAUGAAGUAUCGGAUCUUCAGGUUAACCCCAGCACAGGUUUAACCAUGGAGAUUGAUGCUCUGUUUCUUGGUGACCUCCAAAAAGAUUUUGCAAAUGGCAAGAAUCUGGAAAAUGAGUUUGUACCUCCUCGGCAGACUCCGGAGAAGCUGUGCUCUGUGAACCCAGUAGCCAAGAAUUUGAUGUGUGAGCUAGAUGACAACUGCGAGGAGGCAGAGGAGUGUCCUGGUGCUAAAGUUGAGAACAUGGGAGCCUGGAGCUCAAGUCCAAAAAGGGGUUCUGAUCGUUCUACUAGUUCAUCUCUGGAAAAAGAGCUUUCCGAUAUGGAUAAAAGCAUGAAAGAACUUUCUGUUGAGUUCCAAAAUGUUGGUGAGGGCUCAUCUCUUGAAGAUGCCAGCAUAGCUGAAACCAUGAAACUUGACCAUAAAGACAAUGCAUGCAGGGGGCGUGUUCUAGCCAACAUCACCAAUGAGUCCUGGGCAUCUCCAGCCACCACCCGGGUGGUAAAGAGUUCUAAAAAACGACCUGUGGUAGCUUUUAGAAGCUACAACAGUACCAUUAAUGGUUCACACAUGUCGGAAGCUUCCAGGGUGAGUGUUGGCUCAAUGGACAAAAUACGUUUUUCUCUGGGCUGUACAGGAUCCUACCCAGUGACUGUUACGCCAGCGCAGAAGGACAGGAUGCGCAGGAGUUUCCAGGGUCAGGUAGACACACCGUACCGAACACCAAAGAGCGUGCGUCGAGGCGCAGCGCCAGCUGAGAAUGUGAAAAUCCUGGGAACACCUGACUAUCUGGCUCCUGAGUUGCUAUUGGGAAAAGCACAUGGACUUCUGAGUUGUGGACCUGCAGUGGAUUGGUGGGCCCUCGGAGUUUGCCUGUUUGAGUUUCUGACCGGUAUUCCCCCUUUUAACGAUGAGACUCCAGCAUUGGUGUUCCAAAAUAUUUUAAAAAGAGAUAUCCCCUGGCCAGAAGAUGAUGAAACCCUUUCUGUCAAUGCUCAAAGUGCAAUCAAUAUUCUGCUUAACCUUGACCACACAAAGAGAGCUGGAUUAAAAGAACUGAGGGCUCAUGCUUUUUUCCAUGAAAUUGAAUGGGACAAUUUGCACAACAUUGAAAUGCCCUUCAUACCACAGCCAGAUGAUGAAACGGACACCACGUACUUUGACGCCAGGAAUAACGCACAAGAUCUCAAAGUGUCUGGAUUCAGUCUAUAGGCCGUUUUCUUUCUGGAAUACCCUUGUAUAUCUUUUUGUUGUGAGAAGUAAUUUUAUUUGUUUUUAGAUGAAAUAUGUUGCGUGGUUUGGCUUUUAACCAAAUGGUUCCCCCUCUCCCCCCCCACUGUACAGAACUUUUGAAAUAUUUAAGCUGAGCUUGGCCUCACAUUCCAUGUACAUACUCUGCCUGCUUGGACUGGGUCCAUGCUGUUUGCAUCCUACAAUAAACCGUCUAUUAAAUUUGUAAA